UCUGUGUGCGUGUUUUUAGUGUGUGUAACGAUCAGAAAUCACGAAAACAUGAAUUACAACUACAAUCAUUCGUCAAAAUUAAUAUCAAUUUUGUUUAUAAUAAUAUUAUCAAUCACUUCAAAUAUAAAUUUGGUUGAUGCAUUUUAUGGAUCAUCAUCACCUGUUGUUCAGCUCACCCCUUCUAAUUUCAAGUCUAAGGUGGUAAAUUCAAACAGUGUUGUUUUGGUUGAGUUUUUUGCGCCAUGGUGUGGCCAUUGUCAGGCUUUGACACCAGUUUGGGAGAAGGCAGCUACUGUUUUGAAAGGUGUGGCAACUGUGGCAGCUAUUGAUGCUGACGCACACCAAGCGAUCGCUCAGGAAUAUGGUAUCAAAGGAUUUCCCACAAUUAAGGUGUUUGUGCCGGGAAACCCUCCCGUUGAUUAUCAAGGAGCUAGGGAAGCAAAACCAAUUGCAGAAUUUGCUCUCAAACAGGUGAAGGCACUCCUCAAAGACAGGUUAAGUGGUAAAACGACGACUUCAGGAUCAAGUGAAAAACCAGAACCAAAUCUAUCAGUUGAACUAAAUGCUGGUAAUUUUGAUGAGAUGGUUGUUAAAAGCAAAGAUCUCUGGAUGGUGGAAUUCUUUGCACCCUGGUGCGGGCACUGUAAGAAGCUUGCUCCCGAGUGGAAGAAGGCUGCAAAGAACUUGCAAGGGAAGGUGAAGCUUGGUCAUGUGAACUGUGAUGAUGAGAAGUCUUUAAUGAGCAGGUAUAAGGUGCAAGGUUUCCCGACUAUUUUGAUGUUUGGCGCAGACAAAGAUAGUCCGGUCACUUAUGAAGGAGCAAGAAGUGCCUCAGCAAUCGAAUCAUUUGCUCUUGUUCAGCUAGAAACAAAUGUUGCUCCUCCUGAAGUCAAUGAGUUGACCAGUGCGGAUGUAAUGGAAGAUAAAUGUGGUUCAGCAGCCAUCUGUUUUGUUGCCUUCCUCCCUGACAUUUUGGACUCCAAGGCAGAGGGAAGGAACAAGUAUAUAGAGACUCUACUAUCAGUUGCCGAAAAGUUUAAAAGAAGUCCAUACAGCUAUGUGUGGGCUGCUGCAGGUAAACAGCCAGAACUUGAGAAACAUGUUGGUGUUGGUGGUUACGGGUAUCCAGCUUUGAUUGCAUUGAACAUAAAGAAAGGCGCAUACGCACCACUUCGCAGCGCAUAUGAACGAGACCAGAUCAUAGAGUUUGUGAAAGCAGCUGGACUUGGAGGAAAAGGUACACUGCCAUUAGAAGGGACACCAAAGAUUGUGUCAACUGAACCAUGGGACGGGAAAGACGGAGAGAUCAUAGAAGAAGAUGAAUUCUCCCUUGAAGAACUUAUGGGUGAUUCAAGUCCAGAGAAAGAUGAACUGUGAGUUAGCAAAUGAGGAUUGUGUUGGAGUAGAUUUUUGACUUAACAGAGUUUAUGAUUCAAUUGUUUGUAACAAUGGUGAUCAUGGUGUAAGUACUCUUAAUCUUUAGAGGUAUCUUUAUAAAACAUUAUGUUGAAAGUUUUCUUCA